UGUGGUAGAAAUGCGAUAGCGAUUGUCUAGCAGUGGGUGUGUUGUAGAGAGUGAGUAGUAGCGGGUAGCAAUUGUCUGGUCAGUGGGGUAUGAAGAACGGUAGCGAGUGUGAUAGGGAUUGUCUGGUAGUGGAUGUGUUGUAGAGAGUGUGUCGUAGUGUGGUAGCUAUUGUUAGGUAGCGAAUGCUUGGUAGGAAGAGUGGUAGCGAGUGUUUGGUUGCGAAUGUGGUAGGGAGUGUGGUAAGCGGGGGAGGCGCGAGCUCGCUGUCCCGCGGCUGAACUUGGUGUAGGUGAGACAUUACUUCGUGAUAAUAGCGAGCUGCUGGUGCGGAGUGGCCCAGUCCACGGCCGAUAGGGGGUGCGUGCGUGCGCGUGCGUGAGUCCGUGCGUGAGUGUGUGCGUGUCGGUGCCAGCCGGUGCGGGCGGCGAGGGCGCAGUCGCCGGAAGUGGGGGAAGAAGAAGCUCGCCGCGUUCGCCUUCGUCAGUAGUGGAAUAACCUGGCGGAGGAGAGCCUUCGGCCGGUCCGCGCGCGCGUGUGCUGCUCUUCCCCGUCUUCUGGCGCUGACUCGCUCGACGCGGGAGGAUCGCGGGCUCGCACUCGCCACUCGCCACGUCGGAAGGAUCCUGGGCGUCGUUUCAACCGCAGAGUCUAGUCCCCAAGAUGAGAGACACGAACUCCAAGGGCAUGGAGCGAGGCAGCGCGAGCCGUGUGUGCUAGUGAUGUAAACGCAAGAUCCCUCCGGCGGGUAGUGUUGGGUGUGGCACUACACCUCACCCUCGAGCCACUCACGCCCCGCCCUCAUGCAAGGACGUCCUCACCCGCUCCAGGCUAGCGCCUCCUUCUCCAGGAUGAACUGCAUGGGCCUCCUGUCGCGCGGCGCCGCCACCAGCGAGUCGCUGCCCCGGGCGAGCGAGUCCGACCCGGCCAAGCUCACGUCCUACGUCAGGACGGACUCGUACGCCGGCGCCGGGGAGGGCAAGUCGCCGUCGCCGCGGUUCUCGGAGGAGGGCGGCCAGUACUUUUCGCUGGGGGGCGUGCCGUCGCCCAGGUCGUCGGGCAGCCUGGGCGGCUUCAUCGGCGCCGACGACCUGUUCCUGAACGGGCAGCUGAUGAGCAGCACGCGCCCCAUGCACCUGCCGCCGCUCUCGCACUCGGGCCUGCUGGCCAAGCAGGAGUACGAGAACAUGGAGGCCUCGUCCCUAUUCAGCUAUGGCACGCUGGGCGCGGUGGGCGACACGGGCGCGCGGAGCAGGUCCCUGGAGGACGUCCUCGGGAGGCACGCCGACCCCGAGACGCGCAGGUCGCCCAAGGUCCCGGGGACGUCGCCGUCGCCGCGCUUCUCCGCCCCAGAGAAGGAGGCGGGCGAGGAGGACGACGAGGAGAUCCAGCCGAGGAGUGAGGACGAAGGCAACGAGGCCGAGGAUGAGGACACGAGCCUCGAGGAGGAGCUCAAUUUCGCCAACGACUACGUGUACGGGUUCUAUGAUGAGGUAAGAUACCGUUGAGGGUAUGUGGGGAGCGGGAGGAAGGAGGGCCCUGCAUGUUCCCCCCUCCCAUCGCGUCCAAACCGUAUGGUGUUAUGUUCAGCUCACGGC